AUGGAGCAGGGAGCGGCAUUGGGAAUAACAAAGGCACGCGACCUUGCUAGGCUGUUUUCACUUUUUCUGCAAGGAAGAAUCGUAUCAAGCUGUUUGCUGGACCUCUACAGGACACCAGAAGUGGCACACGGCCUUGAUGAAGUGAUUCUUGCACCAUUGCCAAAAGGAUAUGGAUUCAUGUACGAGAGGCAUCCUUAUAAACCAGUAUGUUUUUUCUAACU